CUCCCCUCCCCCAUCAACAUUAUGCGAGAGGCAGUUGGGGAGGCCAUCCUCGUCGUGCCUGCAGCCCAGGGCAUGUACUUGUAGACAGCAUUGGAGUAUCUGGACUUAAAGCAGUUAAGAAUGUCUCUGCCAAGUCGACAAACAGCUAUUGUUAACCCUCCUCCACCAGAGUAUAUAAAUACUAAGAAAAAUGGGCGAUUGACAAAUCAAUUGCAGUAUCUACAAAAAGUUGUCCUCAAGGCUUUAUGGAAGCAUAGUUUUUCUUGGCCUUUUCAGCAUCCUGUGGAUGCUGUGAAACUAAAGUUGCCUGAUUAUUAUACCAUUAUAAAAAACCCAAUGGAUUUAAAUACAAUUAAGAAGCGCUUGGAGAAUAAAUAUUAUGUGAAGGCUUCAGAAUGUAUAGAAGAUUUCAAUACAAUGUUCUCAAAUUGUUAUUUAUACAACAAGCCUGGAGAUGACAUUGUUCUUAUGGCACAAGCUUUAGAGAAGUUGUUUAUGCAGAAAUUAUCUCAGAUGCCACAAGAAGAGCAAGUUGUGGGUGGUAAGGAAAGAAUAAAGAAAAGCACUCAACAGAAUGAAGUGGUUUCUUCCAUUAAAGAAAAACCAUCCCCCAAAGCAACAGAGAAAGUAUUUAAGCAGCAAGCAAUUACUCCUGAGGCAUAUGUUUCUCCCUUAAACAUGGCACAAGGAGCUCCACUCAACUCUAGCUCCCAAACUAUGGCCCAAGUUACAAGGGGUGUGAAGAGGAAAGCAGACACAACAACUCCUACAACUGCAGUAGUUAAAACAAAUAGUGAAUCUUCUCCAACACUCACAGAAAAUAAAUCAGUGAGAAAUCCCCCUAUAAAAGAAAAUGUGCUGAAGAAUGUUUUGCCAGAUUCUCAACAACAAUAUAAAGGUGUAAAGACUGUUAAAGUAACUGAACAAUUAAGGCACUGUAGUGAGAUUCUUAAAGAAAUGCUUGCAAAGAAACAUUUCUCAUAUGCAUGGCCCUUUUAUAAUCCUGUUGAUGUUAAUGCUUUGGGACUCCAUAACUACUAUGACAUUGUCAAAAAUCCAAUGGAUCUUGGAACUAUUAAGGGGAAAAUGGACAACCAAGAAUAUAAGGAUGCAUAUGAAUUUGCUGCAGAUGUUAGAUUAAUGUUCAUGAAUUGCUACAAAUACAAUCCUCCGGAUCAUGAAGUUGUGACAAUGGCAAAAAUGCUUCAGGAUGUUUUUGAAAUGCAUUUUGCCAAGAUCCCAGAUGAACCCGUUGAGAGUAUGCCCAUAUGUCACAUCAAAACAGAUCCCACAAAAACCACUGGUAGAGAAAGCAGUAGUGAAGCUUCCUCAGAUGGUAACUCUUCCGAUGAUUCUGAAGAUGAACGGGUGCAGCAACUUGCAAAGCUUCAAGAGCAGCUUAAAGCUGUUCAUCAACAGGUGCAGGUUCUGUCCCAAGUACCUUUCCGUAAGCUGAAGAAAAAGAAUGAGAAGUCUAAAAAGGAAAAGAAAAAAGAAAAGGUUAAUAACAGAGAUGAAAAUCCAAGGAAAAAAUUUAAGCAGACGAAACUAAAGGAAAAGUCUAAGAGCAAUCAACCAAAGAAGAGGAAACAGCAGGUCUUUGCUCCGAAAUCUGAAGAUGUAGAUAAUGCUAAACCUAUGAACUAUGAUGAGAAAAGGCAGUUAAGUUUGGAUAUAAACAAACUCCCUGGUGAUAAACUUGGGCGUGUAGUUCGCAUAAUACAAUCAAGAGAGACUUCACUGAGAAAUUCCAAUCCUGAUGAGAUAGAGAUAGACUUUGAAACACUGAAAGCAUCAACACUAAGAGAACUAGAAAAAUAUGUUGCAGCAUGUCUAAGAAAAAGACCACCAAGACCUCAUGCUAAGAAAAUAAUGAAAUCCAAAGAAGAACUUCGUUUACAGAAAAAACAGGAAUUGGAAAAACGGUUGAUGGAUGUCAAUAAUCAGUUAAAUUCUAGAAAACGUCCAAUUAAAGCUGAGAAAACGCAAUCAUCCAAAGCUGUUGGUUGUGGUUCCCGACUGAGUGAGAGCAGCACUAGUAGUGGCAGCAGCAGUAGCUCAUCAGAGUCUGAAAGUAGCAGCAGUGAUUCAAGCUCUUCAGACAGCAGUGAUUCCGAAUCAGAAAUGUUCCCUAAAUUUACUGGAGUAAAACAGAAUGAUUCUCCUUCUAAAGAGAAUGUGAAGAAAAUGUAGAAGGAAUACAUACUCCCUGAAGGAGGGACAGGCUUCAAGCAGGUGCAAUAUUCUGCGCAAGAAACAAUCUCUGCUAAAACUACCCUUAUUCAUCAUACCACACAUUCGUGUGUAAUACCACCAAAUCACCACCAGUCAGCAUUUAAUUAUCAAGAAUUAGAACAUUUACAGACUAUGAAAAACACUUCACCUUUACAAAUUCUGCCUCUCUCAGGUGAUUCUAAACAGCUGUUGAAUGGCCUAACUGUGAUGCACCCAUCUGGUGACAAUGACACAAUGGCUGUAGAAUCUGAAUGUCAAGUUCCUGUGCAGAAGGAUAUAAAGAUUAAGAAUGCAGACUCUUGGAAAAGUUUAGGUAAACCAGUAAAAACACCAGGUAUGCUGAAAUCCUCAGAUGAACUCUUCAACCAAUUUAGAAAAGCAGCCAUUGAAAAAGAAGUAAAAGCUAGAACAGAGGAACUUAUACAGAAGCAUAUGGAACAAAAUGCAAAGGAACCAAAAGUAUCUCAAGAAAAUCAGAGGGGCCUUGGAAAUGGAUGGACUCCAGAAUCUUUUUCAAAUAAAACGCAAAACAAGUGCCAUGGAGAAGAGCAGAAAGAACAUCAGCAGUCAUUGGAAGCUCAAGAUAAAUGUAAACUCUGGCAUCUCGAAGACCGUAAUUUAGCAAGGGAGAAAGAGCAAGAGCGGAGGAGAAGAGAAGCAAUGGCGGGUACCAUUGAUAUUACUCUUCAAAGUGACAUUAUGACAAUGUUUGAAAACAAUUUUGAUUAAAACUGAGUUUUUAAAUUAUCCAUCAACUUAAAAUGAAUGAUAAAAGAUUAAAAUGCACAUGGUAAAAUGAUUGCUUUCAGAUACCAAUCUUAUGUUGCAUUUUGACUGCUCUAAAAUGAUUAAACAAUUUUCAGUUACA